UAGUAAGUGAUCUGUAGUCGUUCGACUUCUGUCGUCACGGGCUUAAAUUCAAAUUUUGGAUAUCUUAUUUUGGUGUCGUUUCUCUUGUUCGUUUGGUUUGGAAGUCUACUUCACAGGGAAGGAAAUUUUUCAACUGACCUAGGGAUUCUAUUAGCUAUUAGAAUCUCCACUGUUUUUCAAGGAUGGCAUUUUUCCGAUUCGAGCUUAAAUUUCUCGUCCUCAUCCAAGUUAUAAUACACUUAUUCCCAAAACACAUGUCUCAAACAACAGCUACCAAUAACUGUACAAGUGCUGUCAAUCCUACUGAUGCCUGUGACAAAAUCACCUACGAAGAAGUUUAUAACAUCUUGGCAAAAUCAGAAAACAGUUUCAACAUCGAGUCGGCUCUUUAUCCACCCAAGAGGCCUUCCUCAGUUCGUGUGUUUGUUAAUGUCUACGGCCACAGCAAAGUUAAAAAUUCAACUCCUGCUGCCAAAUACACGUGGAGUAUUUCUUGCCUGUACGCUGCUCUUCCUGCUAAAGUUCUUGAAUUUUGGUCUUUAUGGUCAAUCAUGGUGACCAGUCGAACACAGGAGCUUAACAUAACAAUUUCACUUUCCUGCUGUGAUGUGACAAAAGGGAAACUAAAAAAACACAUCGAAGACGCUCUAGCUGCUCUUCAAGAUCUGGCUGUUAGUCCAGCAAUAAGAGACCCCCAACUGAAUUCUGCUGAGUGUAUUACAGAGGGACAUCAACCAAAUAUUUCUUCUGUUGCAGAACACAGUUGGCGUAUAAUAGCAAUGUUAUUCCUCUCUGUUCUCUUUUCAACACUGUUUGGGCCAUUGUUGGCCUUUAAAACAACGAUAAAACGGGACGAGCUCAAAAACAAAAAAGGAAGGAAGUCAAAAAUUAAGAAAAAUACAAUAGAUUUCCUUUGUUUGAUUUUAUUAGUAAUACUCGUUGGUUUAUAUAUAGCAAAAGAGGUAACAGUCCAUAAAAUUAGCAGCGAUAAAGAAAUUGAUAGAAAUAAGAGAAAUGAUAAAGAAGUUGUUCCUUGGCACGUUGAAGCGAUACAACCGUUCAUUAUGGGUGUUGGGGUUAUGGUCUUCGUGGUGACAUGUAUAGUCUGUGGGAGUUGCGGCCAGAGAAGACAUCAACAAGGACAUCAACAAGGACAUCAACAAGGACAUCAACAAGGACAUCAACAAGGACAUCAACAAGGAUAUCAACAAGGAUAUCAACAAGGAUAUCAACAAGGACAUCAACAAGGAUAUCAACAAGGACAUCAACAAGGACAUCAACAAGGACAUCAACAAGGAUAUCAACAAGGAUAUCAACAAGGACAUCAACAAGGAUAUCAACAAGGAUAUCAACAAGGAUAUCAGCAAGGACAUCAACAAGGACAUCAACAAGGAUAUCAACAAGGAUAUCAGCAAGGACAUCAACAAGGACAUCAACAAGGAUAUCAACAAGGACAUCAAAGGGAGCACACAGUAGAGUGGAAGUCAUUCUUUUUCAUAAUUUGUGCAAAUUUAGCAACCUACCAUUUUUGUUGGCUCUUAGUCGGUAUAAUGCUAAAUCCUAUCUGGGGUCUUGCUGUCCUGCUCUUACUUUGUCUUGUUAUCGGUGUCUUAACCUUUGCAUUUUAUACCUGCAUGUAUUCAAUUACUUAUGACAACAACACAAAAUGUCAGUCAUUUUCCUCAUGUUUUGCUGGGUCCCUAGCCAUCUGUGGUCUUAUUGUUGUUGUAAUUCUAGCUGCGCAGUCAUAUAAUGGAAGACAAACUGCUGAUGAGGCUUUGAAAGAAGCAGUGAUGUAUUUAAUCUCUAUAUUCUUUUCAUGGCUCUAUUGGAAGAGGUGGGUUAAUAAAAGUAAGAAAUCUGCAGAUUGCAAAAGUGGUCCUGUUUCGGCUCCUAACUCAUCACAAGAAAAUGGUCAUGUUCCAGAGCACAGUGGAACAGAAAUGGAAACACUUGUGCAGCAAGAUGUUUGA